AAAAUUAUUGACAGAAAAAAUGGCGACGACCUGACGUUCAAAUAAUUUAGAAAUUGUCUCAUGUGAUUGAUUGGUUUUAUGAGGUUGGGUGAUAACGAUCGUUGUUUUAUUUUAUUUAUUUAAUUUUACCCUUUCUUAUGAUGAUUGAAGGUCGAGCAAAUGAACUACCCGAUUUCCAAGUUUUUCGAACAGUUAUCAAAUACUGUUUGGUGAUCAUAAUAGUACCCGUCCUGGCGUUCUUCUCCGUGAAGGUGGUUCUUUUCGAUGGACUAUUACGACUAGAACCAGUUACUAGCAGUGUGUAUUCCGCAGUUAUAGCGGUUAUCGUUCUGCAUGUCACGUUAGGGUUGUACAUUUAUAAGGCGUACAGUGAAACUGAUAAACCGUCUAAACCUGUGAAGAAAGAUUAA